GGGGCUGAUGGGGAGCAGACUGCAAGGAGCGCAGGACCGCGGACCGCUCACUUCCUCGCCACUUCUCCCAACAUACACCGAGGAUGCCGGUCCGCUGCUCCAUGUUUGUGCUGCUGGUGGUGUGCACGGUGCUGUGUGCCGGCGCUCUGGCCACCGCCAUGCCCCCCAAGCCGGACAACCCCUCCCCAGACGCCUCCCCCGAGGAGCUGUCCAAGUACAUGUCGGCUGUGCGCAACUACAUCAACCUCAUCACCCGCCAGAGGUAUGGAAAGCGAACCGUGUCAGAGCCGAUGCUGCCCGCUUGGCUCUUUGAAGACGCAGCCGAGGACAGACUUGCAUACAGUUAAACAAGAUGCCAUUCGCAGGGUCUAGUGAGAAGGCACUCCCCUGCAAGAGGACACACCUUUCGAAGACUUCAGACGCUUGGAAACAGCUCCACACAUGCCUCACACACACACGGGCAGACUUUUGGAUAGAGUUAUUUGUUAGCAGCUUAUAUGUUAAUCUGUUUCAAAUUUCAUAUCAGGCUUAAUUGUGUCAAUAAAUGCUUGUGGAAAAUCUCAUUGCACUACAUCGAAGACAAUGCUUGCCUUUAACGCAAAGUCUGCUAAGCAUGCAAACACAAUAACACGCAUGCAUAGGUAAAGCAUUAACAUAUGUAGUGUAUUUCUGUCAUCAUGAUCGGAUAAUCCUGAGCGAGAUACAUUUCAGAUCUAUAUACUACAAAUCGCAAUAACAUCACCUAACGCCAUAUGUUCGGAGACAGUCUGGCCUAUUUGAGCAUGCAUUAUGAACAAUCAUCACCAGGUCUAUUCGUUGUUUGUCACCAUCAAACUAUGGACCGUACACCAUUGGAACCUCCUUUGCAGUAGCAAAAUAUGAUAAUUGGGUUUUUACCCUUUUAUCUGGCAACAAAACUGACACCUUUUUUUAUAAGGAGUCAUGCGCCUUUUAGCCAGCAUCUGGUCCAACACCAUGUGAGACUAGGCUCUAAGAAAAGCUGUCUCGGGUGUGGACCAAUCAAUUUCAAGGACAGUGCAUACAUUAUCAGAGUUGUGUUUUUGUUUGCAUUCCGACCGCAGGUAUUGUGGUCAAUGCAAACAUGACUCCUUGUAAAAAAGGUGUCAGUUUUGUUGCCAGAUAAAAGGGUAGAAACCCAAUUUUCAUAUGGACCGUAUAGUAAAAAACCACUCUGACCUGGAGGAAUAGAAACACUACACGAACUCUUUCUCCUGAAGCCCCUGGCGUGGCUACAUUGGCAUGUAACUCCUGGACAUAUUGCUGCCAUGGGCAAGAACAUACUAGAAUUAGUAGAUAAUGGUGUGCUGCGCUGUUUCAAUGUACACAUUAGCUGUGCUUUUACACACACAUAGUGCAACACACAAUACAACACCUCGAUUCGCAAUGCAUCAUCUCCCAUCUCGGUCCGAAUCUCUACCCCUUGCCGCUGACGAUUGUCUUUUAAUGUAUUUAAUCUUUACUUUAACAUAAUCUAUACUUUACCAUAAUCUAUACUUUAACAUAAUCUGUAUAAUAAUACCUAGAAGUUACAGUUCUCCUGCACAUGAAUGUCCUAUGGUCUCCUGAGAUGUGACGUUGGUUUAAUUGAGAGACGACUACCAGCCUGAGCUGUGAUGAAACCACACUGGAUGGAAUCGUUUAAUCUUGCCUGGUGUCGGACACUGUUCAUUGUUUCACAGUAAAUAUUCUCCAAAGAUUUUGCAAUACACGCCUGUUUAAAGUCUG